GCCUCAGUUGCUGCUUGAAGGCAUAACAACAUUUGCUGUUAACAUUGGUCUUACAUUCGAAAACUUCGAAAAACUCUCAACUCAAAACAAAAUGUUCAAAUUGAUUAUUGCUUUGUCUGCUCUCUGCGCCGUUGCCUCCGCUGGCUACCUCGGCGGCUAUGGUCUAAGCGGAGUAAGUGGACAUGGUGGUCUAGGUUAUGGCUUGGGAUAUAGCGGCUACAGUGGAAUUGUAGCACCAUCAUACCAUGCUCCCGCAAUUUUGGCACCGGCACCAAUUUUGAAGACCUACAGCGCGCCCAUCAUCGCCGCCCCUGUAGUGAAGACCAUCGCGCCAUUGGCUACGUCAUACGCCAACACCUACAAAGUGGCCACUAAGGCUAUUCCUGUAGUGCACGCUGCUCCAGCUGUUUAUGCCGCACCUGCCUACCACACCUCCUCCACCUACCACGGUUCCUUGGGAGGUUAUGGUCUGAACUAUGGCUAUGGUCAUGGUUUAUUGCAUUAAGUGUAAAAUGAAGAAAUUAUAUGAAUUAAGUCGAACAAGGAUAUGAAAAGGCAAAUGAGCUUCCAGUCAACAUGCAUUUGAAAUUUGUUACAGACAUAGGUUUAAGAUUGAUAAGUGGCCGAAGCGUCGUACAUAGUUAUAAUUAAACAUUCCACGAAACAAUGUUAUCCUCAUGUGCAUAGAAUCCUUGUCAUCCUGAAUGAAUUUUAAGAGACUUUAUCGAAUGAACAGGCUCUCCCUAUCACGAAGAUGGCACGACUUAAACAAAUAAUUAUUGGAGUGAGUGAGUAGUUGGUAGAUUAGAAGCUUUGAUUUCGAAUCUAAUUCUAAGUAUUUUUUAAUAAAAUUAUACAACGAA